AGAGUCGAAUGUGAAAAUAGUUGGGAGUUUUACUUAUACAAGUUGUAUAUUCUCUCUUCAUUUAAUAUGGAGUUUGGGGAGGUUUGACAUGGAGUGUAUUUCAUUUAUCGGACGAGUUAUUGGCAUUUUAUUAAGGAGAUCAUCCAAUAUUUUCGUACAGUGGAACAGAUAGAAGGACAUUUCCAUGGAGAACAUAUCACCGCCACGUUUUGUCAAGCAAGAAAACAGAGAAUACAGUCCUCCAUCCAUAAUGCAUGGAAGGCAGGUUAACAUUCCUCUCAGUGUGCAUCAUUCCCCCCCUAACCAGCAUCCCUUGAUCAGUCCUCCCACACAUGAAGACCUGUGGCAUCUACCUGGACAACUUCGAAUAAACCCAUCACUGUGGGACAAGGAGGAUGUUGGCCACUGGCUCCACUGGGCUCAGAGGGAGUAUUCACUGCGUCGGCCUGAAAAGGGACGCUUUGAGAUGAACGGGCGAGCUCUGUGCCUGCUCACCAAGGAAGACUUCAGACGCCGCUGCCCCAGCUCGGGCGAUGUUCUGUAUGAGAUCCUACAGUGUGUGAAACAGCAAAGGAGGGCUGUUGUCCCUGACCCCCCAAAUCCGUCUCCCUCCCUGGAAACUGGACCCAUUCAGAACCCAGUCAGCUGCCAGACACCCCCUCCGAGUGUCCAAUCGCCUCAGCCUCCAACAGUCAAUGUCAUCCAAGUUUCCCUCGCUUUGACAACUGCAGUGUCGACAGCUGUUGCAACAACUGUGAGAAGCCAGUCUGAGUGCAUGUCACCUCUCAGAGAUCGUCCAUUGAUAAUUUGUUCUUACCCUGCUCUACUCACACAUUCUAAUGGAUCAGCAGCUGUCUCUGCAUUGCCCCACAACCAAGUUCAGUGUCUUCCCCAAACAGAGAGUGUCAUCCAGGAGCCUAUCAACCUGUCCAGUCGAGAGAAGCCUAGGAGCCCACUCCACAAAGUCAACGGUCGUAUUCCAGAGUGCAGACUGCUGUGGGAUUAUGUGUAUCAGCUUCUGUGUGAUGACCGCUACCAAGAAUACAUCCGAUGGCAAGAUCAGGACAACCUGGUGUUCAGGGUGGUCGACCCCAACGGACUUGCACGUCUCUGGGGAAACCACAAGAACCGAGACAAUAUGACCUAUGAGAAAAUGUCCCGGGCUUUGCGACACUACUACAAGCUCAACAUCAUCAAAAAGGAGCGAGGACAAAAACUCCUCUUCAGGUUUCUGAAACUCCCACAGGACACCAAGAAACCACAGGCUGACCCAGUCGAGUCCCCAGAACACACUCCACCUCAGGACGAGGACUUUCCAGACAGCAGUCCUUCACAUGAGUUCAGUGAGGACCAUUUUGAAGUUUCCCCUGAUCAUGCUUCGCCACAGCAUCCAACAUAGCAAACAAAACUAUCUAUUAAAGUCCUAAAUACAUGUAGAAUAGAACAACACAAAUUAUUACAGAAUAGAAUGGAGAUAUGUGUUUAGAAAAUUACCCAUGCGUGUACAGGUUUAACAAAUGCGUUUUUGAGUGUAUUCUUUAGGAAUAAUUGCACUUUGAUAUUGCUUUUCAUUUUGCUGUGAAUCAAUGUAUGUAUCACUGUGAUCUGAACGAACACUAAUAGACGAGGAAAUUUGUGAAAGUAAUCCCAUCAAUAUUCAAACAGCCAAAUGAACUUCAUAACUAAGAUUUAUCAGGCUUGCUCAACAUAAUAACAAUACAAAUAAUGCUCUUGUUUCAUAUACUAUAUAGGUAUUGCAGAUUGUUUUAACGGUAAAUAGAAUGAGACAGGGUGGAGCGUUCAAAUUUAUUGUGUUGUGGGUUAAAUAACAGUGUGUACAGUGUGAAAUAAUUAAUUGCCAAUGUUUUUCAGCUUACAAUAGUAUUAAGUAUUGCAUAUUUUGUUUGCCCUGGGGUGUUCGCAGACUGUGAAUGCAUGAAUAAAAAUAUUUAUAAUAUCACUGUCUCAUCUAGAGCAACAUAGAUCUGUAUAUAAUGCAUGUUUGUAUUCUGUUAAAUUAAUGUGUUGCAGGUGUAUUCUAAUGGCGUGAGUGGCAAUAUUUUAUGAACUCUUUUCUCAUUAAUUCUCUGCCACCUGCAAAACAUAUAUGUGCAGCACAUUUUUCAAAUGCUAACAAUAUAAAAACAUAUACAAAACAGAAUACUGGCAAAUACCAAGCAUUUAUGCAGUAUCCAUAUUUAAAUAUAUACAAAAUCUAAGCAGAAUAUUUACUAUAAAUUUAAAUAAUAAUCAUUCCAAACACUUCAGCUGAAAGCCUACCAAGGUGUCCUGUAUUUAGUCAAAACAGACAAAAGGGACCUCUUCAGAAUGGUUUUGUUUAAAACAUGGAUCAAGGAGGGCAGGUUUGGUGGGGAAAGAGGAGUGGCAGGGCCAUAAUUAUUGCCCAUGUUGUAAACCAUGCCCUCUCUUUAAGAGUACAGUUUGAGAGAGUCGUUUCAGGAAUUAGUUUUUUUGUUCAACACUUUAUUUUGCACAAGUAAAUUACUAUAAUCAAGGAAAUAUUUACAUAUUUAGUACAGUCAAUAAAGUGAAAAAGUGUUAUUCGCCUUCUAUAAUAAAAUACUAAUUUAUAUGAAAAAUCAUUAAAACUUACGAGAUAAAAUUUUAUCAUUUAAUGUGAUGCUCCCUAUUGUCAGUGUGUUUUUAAGUCAGUGUGUUAUGAGUGACAAUGCAUCCUUGCUGAGUGAGAACUGUUGCCAGUGUUAUGGUCGAACAAGCUUAUGUUGAGACAUGUCUGAAGUGUUUUGGUGGUUUGAGUGAGUUUUGGAGCUGAGAUUAACUGUUUGGCCAAGAUGCAUGUUUGUAAUGCAGACUGUAUGAAGAGCUUUGAAAAAGUGUCUUCAACAUUGAUGCUUGUUAGCGGGUGAAAAAAUCUGUAACAAUUACAAUGCGGCAGUUGUCCUUUUAAAAACCCAUUACUGUAAAAUCCUACAUUUUCCUAAUAAAAGAAGUGGCCUUGUCAAAUAUGUUUAUUUAGUGGUAUCCAAUAGAAACCUGCCAACGUCUUAGUAAUGAGGACAAAAAGUAAUGAGAGCGUUGUAUGUUGUAUGUAUCACAUGGCCAUGACCAAUAUAGUAUGUCUAAUUGAGAUUGGUUUAAAAACACUGAUUGUGAAACCGUCACCCACUUUCCACUGGAUAACUCAGCUCAGCCUGCUUUCAAGAAGUAAAGGAAUUUUUGCCACAGAUAUAUUGCUUUGAACCAGCUACGACUUAAAACAUUUAAAUUGAGAAUUAAAAUCCUUUAGAAA